AUGGCGGAAGACACGGUGACCUCGCGGUACGUGAAGCUGACCAAGGAUCAUGAUGCCCCGGCGGAGGAGAUUCGCCCUGGGGAGCUGAACCAGCCUGUGGAGGUCCCUCAGGUUGCCGGAUUUCUCUUUCUUGGAACCUUGAUCUCCUCGUCGUUUGUCUACGGCUGGAUUUCUGUGUUUCGUGGAUUUGUUUUUGCUCUCGUCUUCUCGCAACACCGAUUCCCAUGUGCUCGCGAUUUCACUGUUAUUGGAUCAUCGACGUGACUUUUUUUCUCCAGGGUGUCAGCUGAGAUUUGUAUCCGCCAGAUUUGUUGCACUUUCGCUAGCAUUUUUUGGUAAGCAUUUCUUAGCUUAUCACUGAGGCUGCGACCGCGAUUGUUUUCUUGGACAGUUGGCCGUUCACAAAUGCAACGAGUGUGGACAGCCCCUUCCGGAAAGCUACUCGCCUCCAGCUGAUGAGCCGUGGACUAGCGGGAUUUUCGGCUGUGCUGAAGACACUGAUAGUUGUAAGUGCCGACUAAUUGCGGUGACCGUCAGAUCUUCAUCUGAUAAAAACAAUUCGUUGGAAGAGUAGUAAAGCUUGCUUAUAAUUAGUCUUAAAAGAGUCUUUUGGCAUCGGAACAAGUGACCAGAAUCUCUGUUAGAAGAAAAACUAUCUUGAUGGGUUAAAAUAUACAUGCAGAGAACCUUAUAAAUGAUUUUGAUUGGGUCUGAUUCUCCGUGUGUUAGUGUCCGUGCACAUUUGAUACGGUUCGUUGCAUGUAAAAUUGAUUCCAUGUGAUUCAACCAAUGAUCCAUACAUUCUCUCUCUCUCUGUCUUCCCUGUCCCCAUUUCCCCCUACACCAGAAAGAAUUGACAAAUCCAUUCCCCUUUUGCACAGAAGAAAGCUUUCAGUGCUAGCAACCAUGUUUUAUUUAUACGCAGAACUUUUAUUUUGCACACUUCAUCUCUAAUAAGAUCAAAAUAAUAUAAUCCGGGGGAAUAAUCUUAUCCUUUCCGGAUAUUAUUUUCGGGCACAUGAUUUGGUCACGCACAAGCCCCACUUAGGCUUCAAUUUCGUUUGCAGCCAUUCAUUAGCUAUCCAUUUUCUGUGACGCUUCAAGGUCACUGAUCAACUUGAGGUCUUAUUUCAUGAUUGUCACUAAUUUCCGAUUUUUUCGUCGAUAUCAUUGAGGUCUGAUUGAUUUUCAUCACUAUCCAUGAUUUGGACUACGAAAUUUUAUAUCUAAUUAAUGGCUUCAGAGGCAUAGAGUAGGGAGGAAACUGGACUUGUGAAGUAGGACAUUGAUGUUUCCGGAAUUGAAAUUUUUAGACUGGAAAGCUGAUAUUCGGGAGCUUAAUCUGGCUGCCAAAUCAUAUCACGCUAUGAUAUUUGCCUCACGAUCUGUUGGUCUAUGGUAUAAAGACGUUUCAAUCGGGCUAGCUCCCUGUUCUGGGUCAAUAUAUGCAUCCUUAAGUCAAAAACAACAAAGAUAGAGCAGACUCUCGUGCCUGGUCAAGUUUAGGAGAAAGGAAAACAUGAAUAAGGGAAGAACCGGAUGGAAAGAAAGGAGACAAUGAUUAGGUUGUUUUGGACUUCAUCUCAGCUAUGAUUGGUGAGCCAGCGGAAGUUUAGUCACUAGGAAACAAAUUCUUCUCAUGUGAGCCAAUGUUUCUGUGAUCCCAAUGGUUUUUUGUUUUUGAGGAAGAGCUGAGAUACACCAGCAAUUCUAUCAUAGGCUAAAAAUUGUGCAUGCCCAGAAUAUUGUGGUGAAAAAUCUGGACUUAAAGUAGAAUAAGAAAGAAAACUCUGCUGUUCAAACAGACUUCCAGUCCUUGAUCGAGAUACAUGGUGUGUAUUUUUAUCAACGAUUUUUGAACAGUACAGCUGAUUAUUGAACCUUAACAUGUCAUCACGUAACCUUAUUUCCUCAUUCAUGUUACAUGCCUGAGGAACAGCAUCUACGAUUCUUGUGCCAAGUUGCAGGAGCACCCACCCACUUAUAUCUACACCUUCUCUCUCUCUCUCUCUCUCUCUCUCUCUCUCUCUCUCUCUCUAUCUCUCUAUCUCUAUCUCCUUGUUCGUCUGGAUUCCUGUUUCCAAGUCAGGAAGGGCCAUCUUGUUUGCUUUCAGAUUCAGACAAACCAUUGAAACAUUCUCGAUGCUCACUCGAUCUGGUUGUAUAUGCGCAUUGACGUUGAUAUUUUUUCUUUUUCUUUUCCUUCCCACAUUAAAGCCCAAUUGUUUCUUCCCGAUAGGUUGGACCGGGCUAUUCUGCCCGUGCGUGCUCUUUGGGCGGAACGUGGAGAGGAUGAAGGAAGACGUCCCUUGGACCGGGCCGUGCGUGUGCCACGCCAUCUUUGUUGAAGGCGGCAUGGCCCUCGCCGCCGUCACGGCCCUGAUACACGGCAUCGACCCCGGCACGUCGUUUCUCAUUGGCGAAGGCCUGUUGUUCACUUGGUGGAUGUGCGGCAUCUACACCGGACUGUUUCGGCAGUCCCUGCAGAAGAAGUACCAUCUCAAGGUAGUCUCCGCCAUUAAUUCUCUUCACCAUCCCCUAAUGCAUAUACAUAGAUAGAUUGAGAUAUAUAUAUAUUACAGGUUACUGUGUCUGACAUGAAUGCUUCCUGCUUAUCUGAUACAUUUUUUUGGAUUAUUUCUUCAGAUUCAUCCGUGUUUCUUGCCAUGCGAAUAUAGUAGAACAUAAGGUCUGAUUACAUUCUACUUGGGACUGGAGUCCCGAAGUCUGGAAUUAUCUUUUCUAAAUCCGUCCACGUUUUGACUCUGCCGAGUUGACUUCGCCAAUUCCAUGAGACAGGAUAUAGGUAGAUAUAUACAUACAUACAGACAGAAAUUGGAAUAUAAAUUACCCAUAUAAUAUUGAUGACUUUGACUUUUGGAGAGAUCUCUACAAAACUCUGAUAUGCUCCCCCCCCCCCCCUGCAUGGUUGACUUUCCCUCCUCUGCUGACUGUGCGCCGCCUUUCACCCCGUGCCCUGCAGAACUCGCCGUGCGACCCGUGCAUGGUCCACUGCUGCUUGCACUGGUGCGCCAUCUGCCAGGAGCACCGGGAGAUGCGCGGCCGGCUCUCCGACGACAUGAUCAUGCCCAUGACCGUCAUCAACCCUCCUGCCGUCCAGGAGAUGACCAGCGGCGGCACCGACGAGCCUUCCGCCGCCACCGAUAAGAGCUCCAACGAGGGCCAGCACGAGAACCUGGAGAUGCGGGCGUUGUAG